UAAAUAUUUUUUGUUCAUUUUCUUAGGGAUCAUCACUGAUUAAAAGAUGACGACUUUCUCGUUAGAAGAGGUAGCGAAACACAACACUGAGAAUGAUCUGUGGAUUAUUUAUAAUGACGGCGUGUACGACAUCACUAAGUUUUACACGGAGCAUCCAGGUGGUGAGGAAAUAUUGCUAAACCUGGCUGGAAAAGAUUCCACCCAGUGUUUCGAUGACAUCGGCCAUUCGGAAGAGGCUAUAAUCCUUCGGGAAACGUUUAAGAUCGGAACAGUGGGUGCAGGAACAGCAGCUGGAGAAACGGUUUCGUCAUCUCCUUCUUCUGGUGGUACGUCGCAA